CCAGGCUUGACCCGGAAGGGCUAGCACACGGUGACCCCAGCUUCCCUAGCAACCGAUCGGGCGCGGGCAGCAACCAGCUGCGCCUUACGUUCGGCCGCCGCCGGGAUGCCCCUUCAGGUUAGCGAUUACAGCUGGCAGCAAACGGAGACUGCAGUCUUCCUGUCCGUGCCGCUCCGGGGCGUCUGCGGGAGAGACGCCGAUGUGUUCUGCACCGACAGCUAUUUGAAGGUCAACUUCCCUCCAUUUUUAUUCGAGGUGUUUCUCUAUGCUCCCAUAGAUGAUGGGAGCAGCAAAGCCAAGAUUGGGAAUGAUACUAUCGUCUUUACCUUGUACAAAAAAGAAGCAGCCAUGUGGGAGAGCCUUUCCUUAUCAGGUGUUGACAAAGAGAUGAUGCAGAGAAUAAGAGAAGAAUCUAUUUUACAAGCACAAGAGACAGCGAAAGAAGCUGCAGAAGCAAAAGCUGCAGCAAAGCGGGAAGAUCAGAAAUAUGCUCUGAGUGUCAUGAUGAAGAUUGAAGAAGAAGAGAGGAAAAAAAUAGAAACUAUGAAAGAAAAUGAACGGAUAAAAGCAACUAAAGAAUUGGAAGCCUGGAAAGAACGUCAAAAGAAAGCUGAAGAACAAAAAGAAAUACAGAAAGAAGAGAAAUUACAUCAACAAAAAAAGCAAAUUGAAGAAGAAAGGAAAAAAAUUAAGAGUAAAAAAUGUCUUACUAGAAAUUUGGCAUCUAGAAAUCUUGCCACAAAAGGCAGAAAUUCAGAAAAUAUAUUUUCUGAGAAGUUAAAGGAAGCCAGUGUUCCCCCUCCUCGCUCUGUGGGCACUGUUCAGAUCAGCUUUACCCCUCGGGUGUUCCCCACAGCUCUCCGAGAAUCACAGGUAGCAGAAGAAGAGGAGUGGCUGCACAAACAAGCAGAGGCACGUAGAGCAGUGAAUACUGAUAUUCCUGAACUUUGUGACUUAAAAGAUGAAGAAAAGAACCCAGAAUGGUUGAAGGACAAAGGAAACAAAUUGUUUGCAACAGAAAACUAUUUGGCAGCUGUUAAUGCAUACAACUUAGCCAUAAGACUAAAUAAUAAGAUUCCAUUAUUGUAUUUGAAUCGGGCAGCUUGCCACCUAAAACUGAAAAACUUGCACAAGACCAUCGAGGAUUCUUCCAAGGCACUGGACUUACUGACACCACCUGUUGCAGACAAUGCUAAUGCGAGAAUGAAAGCCCAUGUAAGGCGGGGAGCAGCAUUCUGUCAGCUGGAGCUGUACGUAGAAGGCCUGCUGGAUUAUGAAGCUGCACUGAAGAUUGAUCCAUCCAACAAAACUGUACAAAAUGAUGCUGAGAAGAUUCGGAAUAUAAUUCAAGGAACAGAACUAAAAUCCUAAUGACUUCUAGAGGCAACUAGGUAUGAUUUUACAUUGUUAAAAAAUAACUGGAGGCAUUAGGGAUCUCUACAUACUACAGCUGGUUGUGCAGAAUCAAUUUUCAUUUUUUUCUUCUUUAUGUUAACACAUACCUUAAUUAUAUAUUUUUUCUAAUUGAACUGAAUUUGCCCUUGUAACUAACAAAUAUUUGUUACUGAUUAAUUUUUAACAAUGUGAAAUUUUCAAAUAAAAGAUUGUGUUUAUAAAGUAUUUUUGGAUUUUAUUAAAUAUACUUUUUCAUUAUCUGAAUGGUAGGCUUUGGUAUAAUCAAUCCUGAUAGGCUUUUACUUAGUUGCCAAAUGCAUAGAAUAUUUGUGUUCUUUUUUAAAUAAAUGAAUACCUUCGCCACCAUCUGUAUGAGGUUAGACCAAAUCAGCUUAGUGAAAUAAGUGUUUCGAAAACCUUAUCUUUGACUGUAGUUAUAGAAUGUUGAUCAUACUUCAUAACACUAUCUGGUGAAGGUAAGUUUUCUAGUACCUGUAAGUAGACCAGGAGAGAACAAGGCAGCACAGGACGAGAUGUGAAGUAAGGACAUCGUGGUGUCCGCUUUGCAUUGCACCACCGGUUAUGUUGUGUCACUGGGAGGUGAUGCAAGCAUUAAGCACAACAGUGCAGGUUCCUUUUUGCAUGUAGUCGUUGUCACAGUUCACAGAUUGUAUUUAAAGGAGUUUUAGGAAAACAAAACUGGCGAUGAGUUUUUAUAGGAUUUUAUCAUGUUGCCAUUCAAGUGGAUCAUAAAAGCAUCCCCAUUUACUUUUUUUAAAAACUAUUGUAUUUUUGGUGAAAAUGUACACAGCAAAACACGUUCCUGUUCAGCAGUCUACACAUAAUAUUUGGUAACAUUGAUUACAUUCUUCACAUUGUGUGAAGAUUCUCAUUUGUGUUCUGGCUGUUUCACUCCCAUUAAACUUAGACUCCUGCCUGUCCCCCGACCCCCAACCAUCUCAUCUGUGCUUUCCAGUAACUGUUGUCUGUUUGGCCUCACAGAGAUAUUUUUGUGAAAGAGUACAAUACUGAAGGGUGGCAUUUUUAAUUUAUUGAGCUAAACUACUAUUCAGUUUAAAGUUUACUUCCAGGAAUAGUUUUGCUUCAAGGUUUAAAGAGUAUCUCAAGGCAGUAGUCGCAAGGAUUCUUCUAGCCUCAAUGGGUUCAGUAAGUCUGGCCCCUUUAAAAAUUUGAAGUUCGUAAUUUAGGUGAAGGGAAAGACAACACACAAUACAGGAGAGGUCAGCACAACCUGAGUAAACCAAAAUCAAAGAAGUUUCCUGAAUAAACCGAAUGCUUCGAAGGCCAGCAUAGCAGGGGUGGAGGUUUGGGAACCGUGGUUUCAGGGACAUCUAAGUCAACUGGCAUAAUCAAACCUAUUAAGAGAACAUUCUGCAUCCCACUUUGGAGAGUGGCGACUGGAGUCUUAAAUGCAAGCAAGCGGGCAUCUAACAUGCAUCAAUUGGUCUUAAACCACAUGGAUCAAAGGAGAAUGAAGAACACCAAAGACACAGGGUAAGUAUGAGCCCAAGAGUAAGAAUGGGUCACGUAAAUCAGGGACUACAUCAGCCUGAGACCAGAAGAACUAAAUGGUGCCUGGCUACAACCGAUGACUGCCGUGACAGGGAACACAACAGAGAAUCCCUGAAGAAGCAGGAGAGCAGUGGGAAUGCAGGCCUCUAAUUCUCGUAAAAAGAUCAGACUUAAUGGUCUGACUGAGACUAGAAGGACCCUGGUGGUAACCGUCCCCAGACCUUCCGUUAGCCCAAGACAGUAACUAUUCCCAAAGCUAACUCUUCAGAUGGGUUGGUCUGGACUAUAAGACAGGAAAUGAUACUGGUGAGGAGUGAGCUUCUUGGAUCAAGUAGACACAUGAGACUAUGUGUGCAGCUCUGGUCUGGAGGGGAGAAGUGAAGGCCAAGGGGUACAGAAGCUGGCUGAAUGGACACGGAAAUACAGGGUGGACAGAAGGAGUGCACUGUCUCGUUAGGGGGAGAGCAACUAGGAGUAUAUAGCAAGGUGUAUAUAAGGUUUUGUAUGAGAGACUGACUUGAUUUGUAAACUUUCACUUAAAGCACAAUAAAAAAAAACUUCAAAGCAAAAUAAAAAAAUUUUUUUUGAAGUUUGAUUCCAUAUUUUUCUCCCUUUCUAUCAGGACACAUCUGUUGUAUCCCCAAUCAGAACAUUUGGUAGUGGUAGCCAGGCACCAUCUAGUUCUUCUGGUUUCAGGGUAGAGUAGGCAGUGGCUCAUGGAGAUAAUUAGUCCUGGAGUCUGGUUCCUACUCCAGUUCUUGGAUUUCCUUCUUUUUCUUUUGCUGCAGAUGAAUAGAACCCUUUAGUGAUAUCUUACCUGGCCGCUCGUAAGCUUUCAAGACCGCAGACACCACCCACCAAAGUACAAAGUAGAGCUUAAACUUUAAGAGCUGUAUUAUGCCUGUUGACUGGAUUGUCCCCUGAGACCAUGACCCUAAUUCUUCAAACCAAGAAAACUAAUCCUGUGAAGUGACUGGUUGUAUCUAAGUAGUAUCAGUAUUUGCAGCCCCUUUUAUUUUAUUUUGCUUUUUUUGUGGUUGUUGCAAAAUUACAUGUAACGUGGCAUUUGCUAAUUCCUCGUUUUUAUUGUGUGUAACUUAGUGGCAUCAAUCGCAUUAGUUAAGGUGUGCAAACUUCACUCACGUUCAGCGUCACCUUUCCCAUCACCAGAAAGAGAAUGAUGCCCCUCUCCCCUCCCUGCUCCUGGCAACCACCAAAGAACACUGUUGUUGUUUCCCUGUCAAGUCAAUUUUUGAAUCCUAACGACCCCAUGUUACAGAGUAGAACCGCCGCGUAGGAUUUCCUAAGCUGUAAUCUUGAUGGCAGCAGGUUGCCAGAUCCUUUCUCCCAUGAAGCCACAGGGUGGAUUUGAACUGCCAGCCUUUGGGUUAGCGGCUGAACAUAUAACCGCUGCACCACCAGGUCUCUGUAUGUUUGCCUGUUCUUGUCAUUUCAUAAAAGUGAGAUCAUGUAGUAUUUGUCCUUUUGUGAUUGACAUAUUUCGCUUGGCAUAAUGUCUUCCAGGUUCAUCCAUGUUGGGAGAUGAUUUGGGCCAUUCCCUUUUUUUUAAUGCAACACCUUUUUGAAUAAGAAUAGCAUAGUACAGUCACCUUGAAAAUUUUACUUCUAUAAAGCAGUUUUUGAUAACUUCUGUAGCAGUUGUGUUGAGUUAUCAGACUUUCUGAUGAGGCAGGAUUGCUUUUUCUUAUGAUCAGCCCUGGUUUGUUUGUUUAUUUUUAAAAAUAAUGUCACCCAAAUAAAGAUGGGCUUCCUUCUGGUGAAAAUUUUAAUCAUUUCUCGAACUGUCUUACCCAAACACCAAAAGGGAGUUCUAUUCAACAAAAAAUAUUCUUUUCAGUCCUUUAAAAAAACACAGCUACCCAAAAACAUCUCCACAAACCUCCUAGGCAUCUUUCUCACUCUGACCUUAAAACUGUUUUGAGCUGGCAGUUCCCUUUCCUUUGUAAGACUGAUCAACCCAGUCUUUUCUCAGGCUCUUCCUUUACCAUCCCAGUUAAUAAAUAAAAGACUACCCAAUAUUUACUCUAAGGGCAAAGAAUUCUUUUUUAUGAGAAAGCAGAGGAAAGGAAAAUCUUAAGUAGUUAUAUAUUAAUAUGUUUGUCCCUAUCCCCUAAAUAAAAUCUUGGUGUAAACGCAACAGACACUCAUUUGUAUUCAUGAGGUACUUGACCUCUUUUGAGCAAUCUCUUACGGUCUGCAAGGGACUUUUGGAUUGAAGUGGUGAUAAAGUUAAAAUAAUGAUACGGACAUUCCAAUUUCCUUCAUGAUAAAAACAUUCUUCCCAAAUAAUGGUGCUACCGUUGUUGUUGUUAGGUGCCGUCGAGUCGGUUCCGACACAUAGCGAUCCUAUGAACAACAGAACAAAACACUGCCCUGUUCUGCACCGUGCUCAUGAUCGUUUUAUGCUUGAGUGCAUUGUUGCAGCCACUAUGUCAGUCUAUCUCACGGUUGAGGGUAUUUCCUCUUUUUCACUGACUCUCUACUUUACCAAGCAUGAUAUCCUUCUCCAGGGACUAGUCCCUCCUGAUAAUAUGUCCAAAGUAUGUGAGAUGAAAUCUUAACCAUCCUCACUUCUAAGGAGCAUUCUGGCUGUACUUCAUCCAAGACAGAUUUGUUCAUUCUUUUGGCAGUCCAUGGUAUAUUCAAUAUCCUUCACCAAUACCAUAAAGGCAUCGAUUCUUCUUCAGUCUUCCAUAUUCA